AUGUACAUCAAUUAACCUAAUCCUUAUUACUUCUUUGUUCCUUACUAUAUUCCAUACCAACUCAAUUCUUCGGUUUUAUAAGAAAUCCCAAAGACUGAACUCCAUUCUGAGAGUGAAAAGGAGCAGACUAAACCACUCAAAGAUGAAUAUCAUACUAACGCUAGUGGAAUUGUAAGAGGAAAAGGCUAAUUAUGGACUUAAAAGGAAAUAAAUAAUCUCGUCUCUUAUUAUAAAAAGUACAAGGGUAAUUGGAAAUAAAUCAUCAAACAUCUCAAAGGAAGAAAUAUCUCGUAAUGUUCCCAAAAAUACAGAAAGCUCUAAGAUUAAGAGAAAAGAACAAAAAAGAAAUGGUCUUUAGCCGAAGAUCAAAUCUUAAUAGAGGCGUAUAAAGAAUUUGGAAGACAAUGGAUUAAAAUAAGUGAAAGUACAUAUAUUUUGUAAUUUCAAGGAUUGCCAGGUCGAACUUCAAAAUAGGUGCGUGACAGAUAUGUGAAUUAAAUAGACCCAUCGAUAACACAUGAAGAAUGGUCAAAAGAGGAGGAUAGAAUUAUUUUAGAAGAAUAUAAUAAAGGUGGAGCAAGAUGGGCUGUCAUUGCCAAAAUGCUUAAAAAUAGAUCGGUAAUAUAAUCAUUCUAUUUUUAGGAAAACUAAGUUAAAAAUCGUUUUUAUUACACUAUUCUAAAAAAAUAUUAAGGUGAGCAACACCCAUACUUAAAAGUAUAAGAAUGA